GGCUAAUUACGACUUAUUCUUGAAAACGAAAACUACGAUGACACGAAGAGGUGGAGUCACGAUAAAAUAAUAUAGACGAUAAGAUGGAUGACCCCCCAUCACCGCUUGUAAAAUUUGGAGGAAAGAAAAGAAUUCGAUAAUAGACGAAAGAAUGGUAUGGAAAUAAGCAAUAGAAAUGCAAGGGUAAAAAUGAGUUUAUGAAAAAGUGAAAAGGACAUAAUGGGAAAGUUUGCUAAAAUAAUGACUCAAUCAAUAGAGUCAUUUGAGACUUUUAUAUGAGUCAAAUGACUUAUGUAGUUUUUUGUCAGCAAACGAGUCAUGACCAAAUGACUAAUUAAAAUGACUCUAGCAAACGACGCUAGAGGUAAUUUUCUUGUAUAACUAUAAACUAUAAACUAACUAAUAGAAGGAAUAGUAACUUGCCUUCGUAUAGUAUAAGGGGAAAACUACAAUUUGUAGUCUAAACUAGGAAAAUAAUCAAAAUAUUCCCCUUUUUUGUUGGACUUGCUAAUCAACUUACCUUAUAAGAUCUUACCAAAAAGAAAAACUUACCUUAUAAGAAGAAAACGUACCCAAGAAAAGGGAAAGCAAAAGCUUGGACUAAUUACUCCGAUUAUAACUUAUAAGGAAAAGCUUGUUAAUUUAUUCUAACUAGUCCAGUGGAAUUCAGAUCUCAGACCUAAAUAACAGAUUCUGGCUUUCCUGGGAGUCGAAAUCCACCCUACAGAAGCCCGGAGUCCACUCUCCACCGUUGAUCAACCGUUUCAUACUCCAUCUGAUGCUUCCACGUGUCACUUCGAAACCAAAGCAAAACCCAAGUUAUUCCCCGCAGCAAAUUCCCAAGAAUAAACAACGAUAAAUCGACACCCAAACCAGUUGUUAGGGUUUUUCACCUCAGUAGAGAAAAGGCGGAAAACUCAUCUCUCAAACGCCCAAUUCCCAACGCCUCUGCCAAAGAAAAUGGGCGACACGACGUCGACGCCGCCGGUGGCGGAGCUGGCCAGCGCGACCUUGACCGAUGACGCGGCGGCCGGGCUAGCCCUGAAGCAUCCCUUCUCCGAUCGGGUCCCAAUCCGAUCAAUCGUCUCCCGCCCCGACGGCGGAGCUGGGCUCGCCGGGCAGCGCAUCCGCGUCGGCGGAUGGGUCAAGACAGGGAGGGAGCAAGGGAAGGGCGCAUUCGCCUUCUUGGAAGUCAACGACGGGUCCUGCCUCGCGAAUCUGCAAGUCAUGGUGGACGCCGGCGUCGUAGAGGAGGGCCUCGGCUAUUUGGUGGCGACUGGAACCUCCGUCUCCGUCGAGGGUUUGCUGAAGGUUCCGCCGGAGGGUGCCAAGCAGAAGAUUGAGCUCCGGGUCGAGAAGGUCCUCCACGUCGGCCCGGUUGACCCGGCCAAGUACCCGAUUCCCAAGACGAGGCUCACUCUGGAGACCUUGAGGGAUAACAUCCACUUUCGUGCCCGAACCAACACGAUUUCUGCAAUUGCCCGAAUUCGUAAUGCUCUUGCUUAUGCUACGCACUCCUUCUUUCAAGAGAAUGGUUUCCUGUACGUCCAUACCCCAAUCAUCACCACUAGUGAUUGCGAAGGGGCCGGUGAAAUGUUCCAAGUUACCACGAUAAUCAGCGAAGCAGAGAAGCUAGAGAAAGAUUUGAUUAAGAACCCUCCACCGUCUGAGGCUGAUGUGGAGGCAGCUAAGCGUGUUGUAACGGACAAAGCGGAGAAAGUAGACAAACUCAAGGAGGCUAAAGCUGGCAAGGCUAAAAUUGGGGCUGCAGUGGCUGAACUGAACAAAGGGAAGGAGGCUCUGUCAAAGCUGGAAGAGAGAGCCAAACUUAAGCCCGGUAUCCCUCACAAGGAUGGAAAGAUUGACUACGCUGCUGAUUUCUUUGGACGCCAAGCUUUCUUGACCGUCUCUGGUCAGCUGCAAGUUGAAACUUAUGCUUGUGCUGUCGGCAAUGUGUACACUUUUGGGCCGACUUUCAGAGCCGAAAACUCUCAUACCUCAAGGCAUUUGGCUGAGUUUUGGAUGGUGGAGCCUGAGAUAGCUUUUGCAGAUCUUCAGGAUGACAUGAACUGUGCAGAGGCAUAUGUAAAGUACAUGUCCCAGUGGCUACUUGAUAAGUGCUCUGAUGACAUGGAGCUCAUGGCUAAGCUUUACGACAAAGUCUGCAUUGACCGUCUAAGAAUGGUGGCAUCUACUCCUUUUGAACGAAUUUCAUAUACAGAAGCGGUGGAAAUCCUUGAGGAGGCUGUGAAGGGUGGUAAGAAGUUUGAGAACAAAGUGGAAUGGGGCAUUGAUUUGGCUUCUGAACAUGAGAGGUUCUUGACAGAGAUCAAGUUCCAGAAGCCUGUUAUUGUUUACAAUUACCCAAAGGGAAUAAAAGCCUUCUACAUGAGGCUCAAUGAUGAUUCAAAGACAGUUGCUGCAAUGGAUGUACUUGUACCAAAGGUUGGAGAGUUGAUUGGUGGAAGCCAAAGGGAGGAGCGAUAUGAAGUGAUCAAAGAAAGGAUUCUGGAUAUGGGGUUGCCUCUGGAGCCAUACGAGUGGUACCUUGACCUUCGCCAGUUUGGGACCAUAAAACACAGCGGGUUUGGAUUAGGUUUUGAAAGGAUGAUACUCUUUGCGACUGGCAUUGAGAACAUCAGAGAUGUUAUUCCCUUCCCCAGAUACCCUGAUGAGCAUGCUAUACUUAUCAGGCGCCAGCUCGGAUUGAAGUUUAUGAACACACCUUCAUCAACCUCACUUCUCAACAGGCAAGCUAUAAUUUUACUAAAGUAUAAAAUGGCUAGAAGCAUUAGAAAGCUUGGAAAUGUGGUUAAUGGCAAACCCAGAACGAGGCUUCUACAUUCACCUUAAACAUCAAACAAGGGCAAUGAAAAAAAAUUACAGUAGGCAAGGCUGAAGAAUUUGGUUUAGUGUUCUUCUUUUUUGACGAGGAUUAACCUUCGCUGAAGCGAAGGUAAAUUCCAGUCACUAUGGCUCGAUUUAAAGCUACACAUUCUAGCCGGUACGUGCCUUCACACAUAGUAGUGCUUCCUAAUAUGAUCGACCUGGGACUGUGAGCAUCCAUUUGCUGUUGCGGUGUAAAUGUAACGUUUCAUGAUCAUGCAGAUGCUUGAUCUUGAUGCUAGUAAGUGGGUUGACAGACUUUAUUAACCGCGAAACUUCAAUGUAACCUAAACUCAAGUAUUUUUUUUAACGAUUUUCCCAAGUGUUUUGGCUAAUCCUGUAUAAUAGCUCUGUUGGAGCAAAGCCUAGGACAUUUGUGAGAUCAGUUUUCAUGCAGAUGCUAUCAGGUAGGAACACCGCAACUAUAUCGAUGCAUGUGUACUUUGGUGCUUCUGCUUCUCUGAUAUCACCAAUUUGUGUUUCCAGAAAACGAGUGGGCUCUUUCUGCCAUUGACUUUUGGGUGAUAAUAAUAUGUGGUCCUAUGAAUCCAAAAGAGCUUCAAGAUAGCUAAACCGUAACUGCCAUUUUGGUAAGCCAGCAGAACCUUCUCUGGCUUAUGGAGCACUUCAUUCGUCUAUGGUUAAUUGGUUAUGUGGAUUCUGCAAGUAAACAUCCAAGUUUCCGACUUAUACAGAGUUUUGAAUCCUGAAUCUGUAACAAUUCUUGAGCCUGGAGAAAGAACUUGCAAAUUUAAGCAACCUACAAAAUGCCUGAUAUAUAAAAUAUGUUCUUAUUAUGAGCCUCUGCACAGCAUAGGAGCAAAAAUGCAUGAGCCCUCUGCUGCUCAGCACAUCAAAUGAGCCUAGAAACUGCAAAUGGGUAAAAAUCACUCCUGAAUCAAACUCUGCACAAGAACAGGAAUGUUGGGUAAAAUAAUUGCGGAAGUAGGAA